AUGCCUCCGCAUACAACAUGCAGGCGCCAGAUAAUGAGCGUUAUCUCAAGUAGGAGCGCAGGCAGAAGGCUGCUGGUUGCUAAACACCACAAGGGGCUUAAUGUCCAAUGGGGACCAUUGGAUAUCUUGGAUGCGAGCCGUACCCUCAAACACUAUCCAACUAUCCAACAUAAGUUGACAUACCAACACUCCUCAAUGUCAAGUGUGCCAACGGCUCUUAGCUUCACCGUGCCAUAUAAUCUACUACAACACUUUCUUGCAAGAUUGUUUGUAAUAUCCCCCUUAUGCUUGAUGCAACCAGGCAUCUAA